AUGUAUAUGGAGUAUAUGCAAGCAGGAACGACCUCUCUCUCCAUCCUGAUCCUCACCGGCCACACCGGCCUGGUGGAGACAGGAAACAAAGACGAGACGUUCAGCGGCGACAGCCGCGUAGCAUCGCUCUCUAGCCGCAGCGAUCUGCAUCACCCGCUGCCCAACACGGCCGUUCAAGCCCGGGCUGGCCAUGCUGCGCCCUGGCUGUGUUCUGCCUAG